AUGUCCACUGUGAAAGACCAGCCUAUUCCUUUUGGUCUAGAGAGAGAAAAGCAUAUUGAGAUGCUCUUCAGAGCAUUUCAUAGAACAUGCAGAUCUUCCACAGACCCUCAGGAUCUUGUUGCCACUCCUGUCCAAAGGAAAUGUCUCCUACCUGGAGAUUGUUCACCCACCUCUCAGGCUGCCAUCAUGGAGAAAGAAAAUGGGGGUCUGGCCCUUCUGCAAACAGUUAGCCAACUACAAAUCACAUCCAUACCUGAGCUCCAAGGUCCUCAGUGCAUAUCCCGAAAAACAUAUAGCAUUGCAUCAGAGACCAAGCAGCAGCUGUUUGUGGUUGUUGAAGAGAGCUCGUGUGUAUGUAUGCAGUGCUGUGGCCCGGCUCGAUCCUGCUCUCUGCAGGGUUUUAACCAGGACCGCCAGCAGGUUUUUCAGUUUGAAAGACCCCUUAGAGCAGAUAUGUGCUGUCUGGGCUGCUGCCUAAUGGAAAUGAGGGCCUACACAGCCCAGAGGGAGCUUAUUGGUACUGUCCACCAGAGGUGGAGUAUGUUCACACCAUACUUUGAGGUGUGUGACUCCACAGGUUCCACGCAUUUGAGAAUACAAGGCUCCUGCUGUCCAAUCCGCUGCCUCUCCAACCAGGAAUUUCAGGUUGUGUCCAUGAUUGGAGAGCACGUUGGAAGAGUGUGGAAAAAAUGGCCAGGCUACAACGAGAGAUGCAACAUGGACCAUGAAUAUUUCGGGUUGGAUGUCCCUCAAAACAUGCUUGUGAACAUGAAGGUUCUGCUACUUGCUGCUACAUUUCUACUGAACAACAUGUUUUUCGAAAUGAGCUGA